AUGGCAUUGAGAGCAAGAAUCAACUCUGGGAGCGUGGUAAUCGUCACUGGGGGAGCGGAUGGCUUCGGGGCGGCCAUCGCAGAUCGAUUCAACCAAGAGGGAUCUAAAGUCAUUAUUUUGGACUUGAACCGGGUGAAAGGAGAACAGAAGCAACAGGCCGACCCGAAUCUGCACUUCAUAUGUGGCGAUGUGACCUGUGCCGAGAUAUGGGAACGAGCUAUUGCCUUUGCGCUGACAACAUUUGGGCAUGUUGACUUGGUAAUAAAUAAUGCUGGUGCGAAUAUCAGACAGAGAUACAAAUGGCUACUUAUUAAUCUGGACUUGCUUAGGAAUUACCCACGAUCCUGCAGUAUGCCCUCGUCUUGUUCUUAA